CGUCGUCGGGUUCGUAGCGUGGGUUCGGUUUGCUGUGUGUUUUCUACACGCACUCGAGCCCAUUUGCGCAUGUAAAAAGGAGGAGAGAAGAAGCGGGUGUACGCGCGUGUGUAUACCAGCCCCCUGAGCAAUACUGCCGUGCCGGGUGCCUAGUGCUGUGUGAUUGUUGUGAAAAGUGUGACAGCCUCCUGUGCGAACGAGCUGCCUGUCAUCCGAACUUGGGCUGAAUAAGAUGUAGAGAUUCACUGUAGAGAACACUGAGAAAAGGAACGAUAGCGAGAGAAAGAAGAGUGGUCGUCCCGUAAGGAGCGUGCGCGAUUGGCAACUCACGCGCACAGGGGGUGGAUGGAUCUCGGUGUCUAGUAUGAACUGGCGCUGCUGCUGACUGAACCCCCAGCAGGAGAGUUUCCCCUGCAGCAGCAGACCAGCAACAACGCUUCGGUCAUGGUUGCUAAUACUCUGGGUUGCAGCCCUGAGUCCGGGGUGCCGGACAUGACGGUCAUCAGCGACAUCGACGAGAGGGGCAUCAAUCGAAAUCUGCAGAUCCGCUACGGUCGCGACGAGAUUUACACGUACACGGGAUCGAUCCUGGUUGCCGUGAACCCGUACAAGGAGGUCGAUUUUUACACCCUGAAACACGUGCAGCGCUAUCAUGGCCAAAAAAUGGGUGCCCUCGAGCCGCACGUGUUCGCCCUGGCCGAGGCGGCCUACCGCUCGCUCAAGGACACCGGUGGCAACCAGUCCUGCGUGAUAUCGGGCGAGAGCGGCGCCGGCAAAACCGAGACGACUAAAUUCAUACUGCAGUACUUGUGCUCGGUGACGAGCAACGUCGACACCUGGGUCGAGCAGCAGAUCCUCGAGGCCAACACGAUACUGGAGGCUUUCGGCAACGCCAAGACGGUGCGCAACGACAACAGCUCGCGCUUCGGCAAGUUCAUGCAGGUGUGCUUCGACAGCAAGUGGAUGAUCAGGGGCUGCAUCAUUCAGGACUACCUGCUGGAGCAGAGCCGCAUCACCUUCCAGAGCGCGGGCGAGCGCAACUACCACGUGUUCUACCAGCUGGUGGAGGGCGCCGGUCGCGACCGGGAGUUCGCCGAGCAGUACCGGCUCAAGCCGGCGAGCUUCUACAAGUACCUUAGCCAGUCGGGCGAGCAGCCGGACAGUCUCGACGACGCCAAGAAGUUGGACGCGCUGCGGCUGGCCUUCAACGUGCUGCAAGUGCCGGCGGACAUGUGCGACGGCAUCUACCGCGUGAUCUCGGCUAUCCUCUGGCUCGGCAACCUCAGCUUCCAGGACGUCGACGGCGAGCGCUGCGAGCUGACCGCCGAGGACCGCGCGAUCGUCGAGACCGUCGCGCCGCUGCUGGGAUUGCAGGCCGAGGACCUCGCCAGGAUAGUUCUACAGCGCGAGAUCAACGUGCGCGGCAACAUCACCGAGAUCCCGCUGCGGCUGCAGGAGGCCAAGGAGAACAGACACGCCAUGUCCAAGGCCCUCUAUUCCAGAACCUUCGCUUGGCUCAUCAAUCACAUCAACAACUGCACCAAUCCGGGCCAGGACAUCUCCAGGUUCCUCGGUGUCCUCGACAUCUUCGGCUUCGAAAACUUCGCCACCAACAGCUUCGAGCAGCUCUGCAUCAACUACACCAACGAGAAGCUGCACAAGUUCUUCAACCACUACGUUUUCGCGCUCGAGCAGGAAUUGUAUCGCCAAGAGGAAAUUCAGUACUCGCACAUCACCUUCACGGACAACACCAGCUGCUUGGAGCUCAUCGAGAAGCCUCCGCGCUGCGUUCUCAAGCUCCUUACCGAGCAGUGCCACAUGCCCAAAGGCUCGGAUCUUGCCUAUCUCACCAAUUUGCACACGGAAUUCGAGAGCCACCCGUGCUACCUCAAGGGCGAGGAUCGGCGCAAGUGGGAGAAAGAAUUUGGCUUGAAGCAUUACGCUGGCUCGGUCACCUACUCCAUCGAGGGUUUCGUCGACAAGAAUCGUGAUGUGCAGCAGGACGUGUUUUUCGACUUCAUGACCAGAAGCCAAAAUGAGUUUGUCAAAGAGCUCACGGAUUUCCAGGACCUUCUUGGCUGCACCUACGGCCGAACCUCUAGUAACGCUACCACCCUCUCAAGGGGUACGUCUAAGGGGAAGCCGACUCUCUGCGAUACUUUUCGACAGCAACUUCAAGCCUUAGUCGAUGUGCUGCAAGGCACGACCCCUUGGUACGCGCGUUGCAUAAAGCCAAACAUGGACAAGAAAGCUAACCACUAUGACGAGAAGUUAGUGCUGGAUCAGCUUAGAUACCUGGGCAUGCUGGACAUCAUUCGAAUCAGAAAAGAGGGUUUCCCGACACACAUGACUUUCACUGACUUUUUGUCACGAUACCGCUGUUUGGAAAAGAGUAGAUUCGCUUUGCCCAAAGACGAAAAAGAGGCCGUUAGAACUUUAAUUAAAAAUAAGAAUGCAAUGCCAGCCGAGUGGCAAAUUGGCAAAAACAAAGUUUUUCUCAGGAAGACCGUUCAUGAGCCUCUCGAAGAUGCGAGGAAUCAAAUUAUUAAUAGUAAAGCUACGCUUAUUCAGAAGACGUGGAGAGGAUGUGUAGUCCGUAAAGGAUACCGGCGACAAAAGGAUGCCGCUUUAAAGAUACAGCACGCUUAUCGCGGCUGGAAAUCGCGCAUAAUAUUUUUGAAGAAGCGACGAGCUGCAAUAGUCAUACAGUCACAUUUGCGUGGAGUUUUUGCACGGGAAGUGGCGUCUGCAUUAAGGGAAUUGAGGCGCGUCGAGGAGGAGAUGCGGAAACGCGAAAGGCUUGAAGAAGAAAGACGACUUAUGGAAGACAAAAAGGCCCUUGAGGAGAGUCAGAGCAAUCAAUACAAUGGUAUGGCCGGUAUGGAGGCUGGAAAAGCGCAAGAGGAGAUUGCUGCUCUUUCGCAAAUGGCCGAGCAAUUUAAUUCCAAGAUGGCCAAUAACAAUAACAACAAUAGCAAUGGUCCAACUGCAGAAUCUGUGGAUCUUGACAAUCUGUUUUCUUUCCUAUCCGACGUACAAUCUUCAAAGACCAAUCAAAUUAUAGAGGAAAUAGAUCAACAAAUCACCGAAUUGGUAGAAAACCUCGAUAUAGAACUUGAAUCAGUGAUACAACAGGAGCUUGAGAAAAAUAAUAAGACCAAAGAGAAACCACUAGAAGAAAAGACUGCAGUCAUCGAAGAAAAUAUUGUUACUGGACAGAAGAAAGGGCCGAGUUUGCCUGAGCCGACUGGGCCACCUCCGCCUCCACCGCCACCACCUCUUCAAUUUGCCAAUGGAAUGACCAACGGAGCAACAAUGCCAAAAAAACAAGAGCCAAUUUAUGAGUCAGUUCGUCUCUGGGAUGAAAAUGGACCGUCUAGUCCAGUCAUAGUAAAUGGUAAUGGGAUUCAUACUAAUGGCCAUCUUCCUGAAGAAGUACAUACCAUACCAUCACCGACAAUUGCCAAAGAAUCUCAAGAAAUCAAAAAGGUUGCUCCUGUAACACAGCCAUCUCAGCUUGAACAGAAGAAUAUUAUCUCUAAUAAUAAUCACAACCAAAUGUUAAAUUACGUUAAUAAUCAAACGCAUCUACAACAAAAUGGCCACAAUAACUCGGCACAACAAACGCAUAUUACACAACAACUACAGCAGCAACAACAACAACAGCAGCAGCAGCAGCAGCAGCAGCAGCAAACAUCGCAAAAACAAUUGCAGCAGCAACACGCACAAAAACAAAUACAACAUCAACAACAACAACAACAAAUUACACAAAAACAACUACAACACCAAGCACAAAAACAAUUGCAACACCAGCAACAAUUGUUGAAACAACAAUUGCAGCAGCAGCAACAUUUGCAACAGCAACAACUGCAAGCAAAUCACAAGCAAGAACAAGAGACAACAAAGGAUCAGCAACAGCAACAGUCUGUAGAACGUGAACAGAGACGUAAAUGUCGCGUAGACCGAAAGCUGCAAGAACUUGAGGAGAGAAAAACUGAAGUUACAGAAGGAGGUGAAAAUUAUCACGACAUUGUUGAAUUUGCACAGAAUUAUUUCAACAGUCACGAGCGCUCACCCGAAGGCACAAUAAUGGCCACGCUCACGAGGAAAUCAAAAGGAAAGAGUUUGGAAUGUAUUCCAAAGUAUGAAAUGGUCACAUAUUACAAAGGAGCAACAAUCCCCAAUUCACACAUUCAUCUGUACGAUCCGGAUAAUGUUAACGUAGCAUGCACAGUUUUUAGGGAUCUUUGUAAAUAUCUUCGAGGUGAAAUGAAAUUGGACCAAGAAAUCACAGCUAUACAAACUAUAACAGGUUUCGGCAUAGAGAGAGAGGAGCUGCGUGAUGAAAUUCUGGUACAAUGCAUGCGUCAAGCAACCAAUAAUCCGAAUCCCGAAUGGGCUGAGCGUGUCUGGCUUCUACUGUGUUUGGCAAUCGUAGCUUUUCAGCCUAGCAAAUUGCUAUACAAGUAUUUUGUGUCUUUUCUCAAGAAGAAUUUGGCACUCGAAGGGAAAUUGCGACAGUAUGUGCAAUGGUGUCUUGACAAUUGUAAAAAUACCAAAGUCUCGUGCCGACAAUAUCCUCCGUCAACCGUUGAGAUUGCUGCCAUGAGAAGAUUAGGAACGAUCGUGUGUCGAUUUUUCUUCUUGGAUGGUAGGACAAAGGCUAUCGAUGUUCAUCCAACUGACACUGCAGCUGAUGCGGCUGCUAAGCUGGCUGAAAAAUUAGGAUUAAGAUCUCUCGAGGGAUGGGCUAUUUAUCAAAGUAGACCUGAUGGAGAAGAACACGUCAGAGCUCACGAUUAUUUAUACGAUGUUAUUGCUGCUUGGGAGAUGAAACAAUGCAAAUUAAAUACAACACAAUCUGGUUUUACGACAAUACGUAGAAACAAUCAAACUCUUGGAAGUGGUGACAAUCGUUUCAUAUUUAAGCGAAGACUUUUCCGAAACACACGAGAACUAUCUCAAGAUCCGGUUGAAGUCAACAUGCUCUAUGCUCAAGCGGUUUAUAAUGUUGUUAAGUGUGACGAUUUCCCGAUAACCGAGAAGGUAGCGCUACAACUUGCUGGACUGCAGGCUCAAGUGAUGUUAGGAGAUCCAAAGGAUAACGACCGAUUAGAUUACUACAGCGAAAUCGAGACAUUUUUACCAUACAGAAUCAGCCGCGCUCGCGGCGACGAUGUUUGGGUGCCAAUACUUGCCCAAGCACAUCGACAAUAUGGCUCUGGUCGCCUCGAACUUACAGCCAAAGUGCUCUACUUGUCUUGCGUCAUGCAAUAUCCCCUUUAUGGAACAACUAUGUACAACGUCACGUACCGCGGUUACUGGUCAUAUGGUAAUCAGCUGAUUCUAGGAGUGAACUGCGAGGGUCUCAUGUUGAUCAAACCUGAUGAUAAGUUUAUACUUUCCGAGUAUCGAUACCAAGACGUGGAAAGUAUUAUGUUGGACCCGAGUGAUUCAUUCAUAACAAUUUCAUUACUAAGAGGAGGAGGAGGAGGAGGAUCAGAAAGUACACACAAGUGUUUCGUUUUUGAGACGUCGCAGAAAAACGAAAUAGGCAGUUUGAUUGCCAGUUACUGUCCAGCUCUCGCAGGCUGGAUAACAGAUAAUGAAGGGCCAACUAAGAAACUGAAAAACAUAACUAAUGAAGAUAGAUUAAGGCUUUACCAUUACUUGAUCAAUUGUCGAAGGACUUUGGUCGAUUCGGAUGCUUUGAGAAAGCCACAAGACACUGGUGCUGGAUUCUUUAGGAAUACACUGAGAAGACUGUCGAAGCACAGAAUCGAGAAACUACGACAAGAACACGGAAGUGGAACCGAUCAAGGUGAAACUUACAAAGGGUUCCACUACGGUUACUGGGCGUUUAGUAGAAUGGCUCUCACUCAGAGUUUGACCAAGUUACCAGAAGCAGAAGAACAGGUGGCCUUGAGUGUCUUCCAAUUGAUUCUAACGUAUGCUGGUUUAGGUCAAAACGGUGAAAAUAUUCGACGCGCCGAAGACGAGCACGUGAAUCUCAUCCAAUCGAUAAUGGAACGUUGCAUGCGCAAAGAAGUGCUUCUGGGCGAGUUGUAUCUCCAGUUGAUCAAACAAACAACUGAUCAUCCAGAUCCUAACAGUCGAGUGAAUUUAAGGCACUGGGCCUUACUGUCAUUAGCUUGUUCGGUCAUUUUACCACCGCAGAAAAUUGUUAGAAAAUAUCUCAUCACUCAUCUGAAGCGAUGCGCUAGCGACUUCGUGACAGAAGAAGGUAAGUAUGCGAGAUUUGCAGAAAAGUGCUUAUAUAAAACUCAGGGAACAUGGAGAAGACAGUGGCCACCUAGCAGAGAAGAAAUUAUGUGCACUAUCAACAGAAGACCACUGUAUGCAAGAUUUCAUUUUAUGGACGGUCAGUAUCACGCUGUAGAAUUCCAUCCAUCAUCGACGGCAAGGGACGUUAUGGAAUUGAUCAAAAUCAAAAUUGGACUAGGUGAAAGUGCUUUAGGAUACGCAAUCUACGAAGUGCUUGGCACGUCUGACCGAGCGCUGUUACCUGACGAGAAAAUUGCAGAAGUCAUGUCUAAAUGGGAAAAAUAUAGAAAUUCUAACAAUUCAAGUCAAAAUACUCAGUCGCGAAAACAUGUGCAUCACUUCUUUUUGUUCAAGAAACACUUGUUUUUGGAUCAAUACAUGAAUCUCGAUGAUCCUGUUGAGAAAGAGUUACUCUAUCAUCAGGUUCUUCAUGACCUUCGUGCUGACCGUUUUCCAAUCACAGAAAAGGAAGCUAUGAUGUUAUCGGCUUUACAAGCUCAAGUGGAACUUGGAGACUGCGAAGACCACAUUACGGUACAGGAGUAUCAAUCUAUCGCCGGUCAUUGUCUACCUUCGCGCCUUGUACCAAAUCUCUGCUUGGAUGGCGUCGUACAACACCACCAAUCUUUACGCGGCAUGACACCUCCUGAAGCUAAAAAGGCUUUUCUCAAUUUGAUACAGUCGUGGCCGUUACAUAGAGCUACCAUUUUUGACGUCAUGCAAUCCUUUACUUCGAAUUGGCCUCGAGUACUUUGGCUCGCCGUUGACCAAAAAGGUUUGCACUUACUUGAACACCGUUCCAGAAAUGCAUUAUGUACUUACGAAUACGGGAGCAUACUCAGCUAUAACCCUGCCAUCAACUGCUUAAUGAUUAUUACGGGUACCGAUAAGAAACAAAGCAAAGUCAUAUUGACAACCUCUCAGGCUUUUCAGAUAGCUAAUCUUAUUCGCGAGUACAUGGAGGUAUUGGGUAUACCUUUGGAAAUUCGCAAGCGAGACUCUGCUUUAGUACAGCAGAUGCAGCUUCAACAACAACAGCAACAAGCAAAUGGUACGAGUGGUAAUCGGAAAACUCGGCCAGCAACAGCGUUGCACAGAGGUGCCCCUGUUAUUCAUUCGCAAGCUAGUUAAAGAUAGUUUUUAUCAGUCAUCUACUGGAAAAAGUAGAGUUGCUGUGUAUAUUUAAACUCACAAAUAAUGGAACAUGGUUGUUUCAUGUCAUCUUCCGAUUUGCUAUGUAUAUUUAUUAUUGUAAAACAAACCUGAAAUUUUUAAAUAAGUAUGAUUAUCUAACACGUGGUUGGAAAUAUUAUAAAUUUAGUUAUCAAUCAACUUUGUAAUCUGUUGUACAUUACUUCUUCGAUUCAUUAUCGAUGAAUAUUUUUUAUACGGCGGUCGAGGCAGUCAUUGUACUAUUGAAACUACUUAAUUGUUGACUUGUAUCUAUUUUACUUACACUGUAUAUUUAAUGUGUAAUUUUAAAUAUUACAUGGAAAGGUACAGUUUAGUACGCUUUAAUGUGUAAGCUUAGAAAUUUAUAUGAUAAUUAAAACAGAAACGAUAAUUUAUAACUAAUUGAUCGCUUGUAGAAGGUAAUGAUUAGAUAGUGCAAAUUUAUUACACUGAAUCGUAGAAUUACAAUAAUGCAAAGUACUGCCAUGACAAAUUGUUUAUUGACUUCUGUUGAUACAGAUCACUUGAAACAAUUAAAGAGUUUUCGUACGGAUUAUUGAAUUACAGUAAUGAAUUCCCAUAUUCAUAGAGUUGGCAAUUUAUUUGUGUCGUUAUAUAAUAUAUAUACUUGUAACAGUUGUUGCCUUUUGUAUGAAUAUAACCUAUACCUUGUCGUUUUUAUGAAACGUAAAAACUUGUAAAAACAAUAAAUUGUACGAUGUAUGGGAAAGAGGUUCGUGAUAUCAGCUAUAUGAGGAGAUUAUAUAUAUACACACAUUCAUAAUUGUAAAGUUGCUAGGAAUAAUAAGCAAAGAAGUUAUUAUGACUGCAUUUUCAUCUGCGACUUUUAAAUUUUAUCGAUAAUUUUAAUAAUAUAAAGCUAAUAUUGUUUGAGUGAACUUCAAUUUUUUUAAUUUUAUUAUCGGAUACUAACUAAAAUUCAAGUGAUUCAACAACUUAAUAUCUAGCAAAAUUAGAAUGAUUUAGAAUUUAAUUUUGAAAAUUGACAAUUGUUCACUAUUCGAUGCAAAUCAGUAAGGUUUAUCUACAAAUCGAAAAAUGCGGCUCCCACUGUGUCUGAAAAAGAUGCUAUGAAGUGGUAUACAUCAAUUUUUGUGUUGCCUAUACAAGAAUACGUCUGUGCGAUUAUGACCGUAAAUUAAUUAGAUAUGUAGGCUGUUGGUUAUUCAAACAACGUGAUCUAUCAAUUUUCUGAAGAUAUUUAUACAAGACAAUUUUGCUUGUGAUGUACACUGAUAUUGUAUACUGAUUACUAAAACUUGAUUUUAUGAAUAUAUAAAUGAUUAGCGAUAUAUAUAAAGAAACAUAAGCUGCAUUUUAUAUAAGUGUUUCUGCUUGCGAUAAUAUUCAUUAUUAAAAAAACUAAAGAAAUAUAAUAAAAUGUUUAAUCUUACGCUAUAGCAAUGUAUUCAAACAUAAACUUUGAAUGGAUUGUUUAUAAAUAAGAUUUCAGCCAUCCAGCACGAAUACAUUUUUAUCGCAAACGACGCACAAAAGAUGCAAAUUAUCCAAACUGUACAAAGUUUUUAUGGUGAUUGCCGAUUGAAAUUGCAUAUCAAUCAUUACAUUUUAAGCAAUAUUCCACUUGGAUUGACAUUUUCAUACAUAACGGCCUUGGAAAAAAUAAAUUCACAAUUAGAAACAAGUACUAUCCGCAUCAUAUGACUUACAGAUUCAAUUAACAAAAAAAAUUUUAUAAACUUCCAUCAUUAAAAUUUUGAACACUUUAUACAAAAAUCGGUUUCUAUCUUUAUAUCGUUGUUUGAAUUUUUACAAACAUCAAAGACUUUGUUCAUUAUAUGCGCUGUGCCUCAAUUAUAAUAACGUCCAAAUUGAUAGGUAUGAACACAUUUACGGUAAUAUAAAAAUGAUUUUAUUUGUAAUUAUUUUCUUUAAAUGUAAAAUUUUUUCGUUUAUUUAUACUAGUUGUCAGCAUGUAAAUAUGAGCUAUUGACGGUAAAGAUAGUUCCGUAAAGUAUUUAGCCAAAGUAGAGCAGGCCCAUUGAAACUUCGGACCAAGAUUCGUUAAAUAUUUCAAAUGCAUGAUUUGUUUGUAUAAAGUUUAAUAUAAUAUUAAUGCAUCAAAACUUUUUUCUUUAGAAUGUUAACGCUAACGCCAUCAAACCUGACUUGACGACACAUUUAUUUGGAUAAAGAAUUUUUAAUAGUACUACCUAUGUAUAAAAAAUAGUGGCAUUUUCUUGUACUUUUAUACAGAACCGAUUCAUUUCGAUUUCUUACUAAAAAGCAAUUUGAUAUUUGAAAUAUUUAUAUGAAGAUCUACAACAAACCUGCAGUUAUAAGAAUAAUUCUUUGAUAUUGGAGCUGAAUAUUUAUGAAUGCUAAGGCCGACUGUGAUCAGCACUGAGGGUGCGUUCAAGUAAACCAAGUCUUCAAGGUAAACAUUAAAAAAAUGGGUUGAAACAAGUAAGAGUAUAUCGAUGCGAAGUUGAAGAAAUUAGAGAAGAAAAUCGUCGAGUGCGAAAGUACAUAAAGUUAUAUGUGUGCCUGAUAUGCAAUAUUAUAUAUAGGAAUGCCGAAUGGGUUGUGUAGCUUAAUGAAACAAUAAAAGCAAAUUAAUGAAUUAUUGGUUGACAAUGUUAUUGAAAAAAAUCUAUUAUAAAAGAGAUUGCUCUGUAAAUAUUAUAUAUUAAGUUUAUGGAAUAAUUAAAUGCUCUCAAAUGACGGUCAGCGUGAGAGAAAUAAUGGAGAUAUAUUAUUCGGCAUCACGAACAGUCAGUGCGACAAAGAUGAAGCAGAUGAAACGCACAGUUUGCAUACAUAUAUGCAAACGAAUACAGGCAUGAUAGAACGCGUCUACGUAUUAUAGUAAACGUAUUAAUAUACUCGGACUCUGUAUUGGCAAAAUAAUAAAGUCGCAUUAUAUUGAAAAAA